AUGGGAACAAUGCAAGAUUGCCUCCUGUACCUAGCAUUGGACUUAAAUAGUCACGAUUACAAUCUUUUAAAUAAAUGGGUAACUAACCGGAUGGGAAAUUUCCAAUUCCCGAAAAUAAAUUUUACAGAUUUGAAAGGGGAGUAUGGACAAUGUACUGGUAGUAGUAGUAGCAGUAAUACAAAUACAAAUACUAUCGCUAUUGCUACUGCUACUGCUACUCCAACUGCUAGUGCUAAUGCUGCUGCUGCCGCUGUCGCUGUCGCUGUCGUUACUACUGCUACUGCUGUUGCAGUAAAAGUGGCAGCCAUUUUGAGGACAGCUCUUGCAUACAAAAUGCCUGCAACAUCCACAGCAACAACUUGUGAUUUAUGA